AUGCCCGUAUAUUCAAUUUCACAUGUUGAGAAUGUCAGAGUCUGUGUGGUUAUGGUUGGAUUGCCAGCCCGGGGGAAAUCAUUAAUUGCCCAAAAAAUCGUGAGAUAUCUUUCAUGGCUCUCGAUCAAAUCUAAAUGCUUUAAUGUUGGAUCAUACAGAAGGAAGCUUGUUUCCUGCGAUAAGACUACGGCGGAAUUUUUCGACCCGCGUAACGAAAAUGGGUUGAAGUACAGAGAAGAGGCCUUAAAUUCUGCGUUGAAGGACAUGAUGAAUUGGUUCACUGAGGAUAAUGGGGUUGUUGGAAUUUUGGAUGCCACCAACUCAACGAGAGCAAGGAGAGACAAGAUUUUGAAAUUAUGCCGUGAAAAUUACAUAGAACCCAUGUUUUUGGAGAGUUGGUGUGAUGAUAAGGAUCUAGUGUUGCAGAACAUUGCUGAUGUUAAGACUACAUCUACUGAUUAUGUGAAUAAGGAUGAGGAGUAUGCAACCAAGGAUUUUUUGCAGAGAAUUAAGAAUUAUGAGGAAAUAUAUGAAACUAUGGACAGAGAGACAGACAGUGAUCUCACGUUCAUUAAGUUAGUGAAUGUCAAUUCCCAGGUGAUUCUUAAUAAGAUUGAAAGUUAUUUGGAAAGUCGUAUUGUUUAUUACGUCAUGAACUUACAUAUAAAGCCUAGAUGCAUUUGGCUUUCAAGACAUGGUGAAUCAGAAUUUAAUUUGACUGGGCAAAUCGGUGGUGACGCUAAUCUUUCUGAGAGAGGGUGGCGUUACGCUAAGAAAUUACCCGAAUUAGUUCUUAAAUCCUUUGGAGAAGAGAAUAAACAUACUAAUCUUACUGUUUGGACUUCUACCUUACAAAGAACACAGCAAACGGCAUCAUUCUUACCAUAUAAGAAGAAGUUACAGUGGAAGGCUUUGGAUGAAUUAGAUGCCGGUGAGUGUGAUGGUAUGACUUACGAGGAAAUUGAGCAAAAGUUUCCAGAAGAUUUUAAGGCAAGAGACGAUAACAAGUAUGAGUAUCGUUACAGAGGCGGUGAAUCGUACCGUGAUAUUGUAAUCAGGUUGGAACCAAUUAUUAUGGAAUUAGAAAGACAAGAAAACAUUUUAAUUAUUACCCAUCAGGCAGUUUUAAGAUGUUUAUAUGCGUACUUCAUGAAUGUACCACAAGAAGAAUCCCCAUGGAUGUCGAUUCCUUUGCAUACGUUAAUUAAGAUAGAACCAGGAGCAUACCAAACUUUAGUUAGUAGAAUCAAGGCUGAUAUUCCAGCAGUGAGUACUUACAAAGAGAAAGGAACUUCCCAGCUAGGCGAACUAGCAACCGGUUCUACUAUCAAAAGUAGAGAUCUCAUCAAAGACAGUGAAUGUGUUAGAAACAGUAUGCAACAGUGA